AUGGCUGAGAAACCUUCCGGCUAUCGUUUAGAGUACGCCGUGUCCGCUCGCGCCAAAUGCAAAGGCCCGAAACCAUGUCAAGGAUCCCCAAUCGAGAAUGGCCAAUUGCGCGUCGGCAGUCUCGUCGACUUUCGAGGAGCCACCAGCUUCUCAUGGAGACACUGGGGCUGCAUCACCCCCAAAAUCAUUGAAAACAUGAAAAAGUCUUUCGAUGAACCAUCCGAAUUAGACGGGUACGAAGAUCUCAAACCAGAGGACCAAGCAAAGAUCGUCAAGGCGUGGCAAGAGGGUAAAGUCGAUCCUGCCGACGUCCCAGAGACCGCUAGGAAACCGGCGGCUGGAGACGAAGACGAGGAAGACGAGGAGAAGCCCAAGAAGAAACCUGCUGCGAAGAGGGCACCAAAGAAGAAGGCGGAGGAUGACGAGGAGGGAGGAGAGGCUGUUGAGAAGCCGAAGAAGUCGAGAGCCAAGGCUAAGAAGCCAGCUGACGACGACGAGGAAGAGGAAGAGGAAGAAAAGCCAAAGAAGAAGGCCCCCGCCAAGCCUCGUGCAAAGAAAGCAGACGUCGCAAAGGAAAGCGGUGCAGAAGACGACGAACCCAAACCCAAGAGAAAGGCACCAGCCAAAAAAGCUGCAGAGCCCAAAGAAAAAGCCGCUCCCAAAAAGCGCGCACCGAAGAAGAAAAAGACCUCGGAAUCCGAAGAGUCCGGCGAAGAUUUCUCGAAAGAGUUAGCGGACGUUCAACCUGAUUCUGACGAGGAGGGUGACGAGGAGGAGCAAGAGAAGCCGAAGAAGAAGGCACCUGCGAAGAAACCUGCGUCAAAGGCCAAGCCGGAGCCUAAGAAAAAGGCGGAGACUGCGCCUGAGCCGAAGAAGAGGGCGGCGCCUAAGAAGAAGGCCGUAGAUGAAGAUGCGGAGAUGGAAGACGUUUCUGGUGCUGCGGCUGGUGGAGACGAGGAAGCGGAGGAUAGUAGUGGGAAGAAACGCAAGCGCGCACCAGUAUCCAAGACCGCCGCCAAACCACCCGCGAAGAAGUCGAAACCAGUGUCGAAAGCCAAGAAGAGCAAGGAGGUUAUCGAUGAGGAGGUCGAUGAGGCUGAAGAAGAUUAG